GUAACUAGAUUUCAGCUUAGCUUAGAUGAAUAUUUUUAUUCAUUUAGUGUGGUUCCCUGCUGCGUGUUGAUAUUGUGUGAUAGGUGCUAGUCGUGUGAUUCGAUUUGUAAGAAUGGAUUUAGCCUAAUAGUGUUUGUUGUGCUGUGAACUCAUCAAAAUUAAAACUGUAAAAAUGAGUGUGUAAUAUCCUCGUUAUUUAGUGUCGUAUAAUGCACUCUUUAUUAGUUACGGGACGAUUGUUAUCCAGAGCAAUUUGGAAUGGAAUCGCAAAUGUCUCAACUGCAACAGAUCCCAAUAUCCAAAAGAAAACUGAGCCACAUUUAGUAUCCGCUGUUUGUGGCUUUUCUAAGGAGAGAAAAAUUCAAAGACUGAUCAAAGGACAAUUCGGUGACGAUGCCUGGUUUACAGCGAAAUACAAAACUGCGGACGUCCUGGGUGUGGCAGAUGGUGUUGGGGGAUGGAGGGCGUAUGGCAUUGAUCCCGGUGAAUUUUCCUUACACUUGAUGAAAACGUGUGAGAGAUUAGUUAGGUUAGGUCGUUUUACUCCUACGAACCCUUCAGAACUGUUAGCGAAAAGUUACUAUGAACUUCUAAACCAUAAGAAAGCUAUUUUAGGUAGUAGUACAGCAUGCGUCGUAGUCUUAAAUCGAGAAAACAGUACCUUAUAUACUUCGAAUAUUGGAGACAGCGGGUUUAUGCUGGUGCGACGGGGUAAAGUAAUAAGAAAAUCAGAAGAGCAACAGCACUACUUUAACACCCCGUUCCAGUUGUCGUUACCUCCUCCUGGAUACAGACAGGAAGUGCUCAGCGAUCGACCCGACGCAGCCAUGACAGAUAAUAUUCCUGUCGAAGACGGAGACGUCAUUCUAGUCGCCACCGAUGGUGUUUUUGAUAACCUGCCCCAAACUCUUAUCGUCAACGAACUUAUAAAGAUACAAGGCGAAAGAUGUGCUGGGCGUGUCCAAAUGGUAGCUAAUUCGAUAGCAUGGAUGGCGAGGAAUCUUUCAUUCGAUGAAAAUUUCGUAUCGCCUUUCGCAGAAAGUGCUUUUGCCAAUGGUAUUAAUACAAUAGGUGGGAAACCGGAUGACAUUACGGUACUCCUAGCAACGGUUGCAAUAUGAAGCCUUAGAAAAUUAGGUAGUUGAUGAUUUUGACGUCUUUUCCAACGUUUAGCAAAUUACGAUUUUUGCAUUUCAUUAUAAUUGUACUACCAAAAACCGUCAAUAUAAUGUGAUCUUUUUCGUGUUUUUUAUUUGUUGAAUUUGAGUGUUUUUGAUAUUCCAUAGGACAAACAAAAUAUAAUUUAAAAUGUUUGAUAACUAUUUAUACUUUUUAUUUCAUUACUUUAUAUUUCAAAAAUAUUAUUUAGUAGUUGAUCAAUUAUUGGGGUAUAUUUUACAAUCUUUCUAAGAGACUCUUGUAUAUUUUACAAUCUUAAUAUUCAGUUCAGCGGGUGCUAUUGUUGGAGGUGUGAAAUUACAUAAACAAUGAAAUUGUCAAUAGGUUUGUUCCAACACAACGAGAAACGGUCCAUGUAACGAUCACCGCCCUGCGCACUACCAUGGAACGUAUUAUUUCGUUACCAUGGAACCCAUGGAACGUUAAUUAUCUAGUAACGUGAUUGUUAUAUGACGGUGCUUCGUCGUGUUGGAACAAACCUAAUAUAAUUAUUGCACACCUCGAACAAUUGGCACUCAGCUGAGCUUAAUAUGAAUGAGUCUCUUAAAAAGAUUGUAUGACUAUAUGUGAAUCUUUGCUAGUGAGCAGUUCUCGAAAUAAUAAAGAUAUAUGUUUAACCUCACAUAACACUAAAAAUGGAUCGUACCUUGAUUUGAACUUAAGUGCUUCACUGCGCGACCCAUUAUAGAAAAUGAGAAAUACGAGUAUGAUUAUACUGUGCACAGCACAAGUACAAGAAAGUUAUAGUUUAUGUUCAGCUAGAAGCUCAAUGUGAUCAGUACACUUGAAAAUAAUACAUUAUCAGAAAAUGAUUAAUGUGAGAUUCAAAUUAAGCAGUCUAAAACUUAAUACAUAUUAUAAAUUUAUUAAUUUAUAAGUAUUACAAUCACCUACGAGGUAACAGCCAGAUACAUGACGAUAAUGAUUGUUGGGUAAAUGAUUUUUAAAAACGAAUACGUCGAAAAUUGUAAAUAUUCUUCAUUGAUUAAUUUUUGUGUGUUCUAUGGAUCUUAGGUUGUACGUACUAGACGCUAAUGUAAGUUAUUCAUCAUCGUUGUAAUUUAUUUUUUUAUUUCCACAUGUAAAAUGAUUCAUGAAAUAAACAUAAGUAGUAAAAUAUAAACAGUGCUUUUCCAAAACAGCUCUAGCAGCUAUCUGAAAACCAAAAGUCAACAUUACUGUAUUACUUUGAUACAAAUAUGGUCACUAGCAUUUCAAACAAGACCUUUUAUGUUUUCAGAUUGCCGAUAAGCAGCUAUAGGGAGUUGUAGUUGACUUUUUUUUUUAUGAAUAUGAAAUAAAUUCCGGAUUGAUUGUAGCAAAAUCCUUUUUUAUGUAAAUACAGUAAUAUUAAAAGCUAAUAGAACACAGUUGUACAGUGCUUUAAUUCAUAGAUUGGGCAUGUGGUCGUACAUAUAGGUCUAAAUGGCCUUUUUACAUUCUGCACACACAGGGUAGAAACUCAAAAGAACUAACAAAUAUCAAACAUAACAAACAUUGUGUUGGAUCCUACGCUGUCAAAUGGGGCACCAGAAAACAUGUUGCAUAUCGGUAACAGCCCUAUAUUUCAUCCAGGAGCUGCAAUAUAUACUUCUAUCGAUUCAGUAGUAAAAUAGUAGAUAAUAUUCUCGAGUAGAAGUGGUUUCAUGUAUUAAACUUUUAAACAGAAGCCACUAGACGUAUUUCUAUCAAUUUUAAUACAAAAAACUUUACUUAUAUGCCCAAUUCAACAAUUACUUCACUGUAUAAUAAAUAUGUGUGAUAUCUUUUCCCAUUUGUAAAUUUACUAUUUGUGUAGAUGUUUUAAUUUUACCAAACUUACUUUAUCUGAAACCUAUUUUCUUUUUAAAGUAUGUAGAUCAACGUUUAAACAAUUAUUUUAUUAGUAACAAGUAUGAUACAAAAAAUAUAUUGAUUUGUUUUCUAGUUUGCCUUCCCUACUCGAUGUUACAAAAACUUGUUUCGUUCCCCAAUAUGUAUUUAAGGCUCAAUUAUAUUUAUUUUCAGACUAGAAAGUAGGGAUGUAUCGUCAUUUAUUGGAUAACUUCUGAAGAAAAUUAAAGUAUAGAGUCUAUAGAAUAUCGAUCUGCUACCUUAUCAGGGUAUAAUUAAGAAAAUGCUACGUUUUUAAGAGAUAUUUUCAAAUAGGAAUGUGAAUACUUUUGGAUCACUGCUUUACAUUAAACUAGUUUUGCUUCUUUUUAAAUAUUCUUCUCAAAACCACUGAGCACUGAAGAUGAGGGUCUUAUUGAACAUCUGAUCAAGAGUUGAUUUUUUUAAAUCAUAUGAUAAGAUAUAUAUUUAGAUAUGAUUUUAAAUCAUAUGAUAAGAUAUAAAUGUUAUAAAAAAAAGAUUCCCCAAAUAGGGUUACUAUAAUCUGUUUUUAAACCAGGAAUAGUAAUUCAAAUUUACCGCGCUGUAAUGCUUGUUUGUAAUUGGUCCAACCUCAGGCAAGUUUACUCCACUGUUAUGAAAUUUUGACACUAAUCGACACUAAUGACUUUUGUGGAAAUUUUGACACUAUUUGCAUUUCAUAGGUUAAUUAAGUUAUAUCGGCAAUUUUUGUGUUUUCUGUGUUAUUCCUUUAAUUUUUAGAUUUUUAGUUUGCUUUUAUAUAAAAAAAACAGUUGUUUUUAGAAUACUUUAGCGUCGUAUUAGCAUAAUAUACAGUAAGCGCCACCCUACUAGAUACAUGGGUAGGUACUAGUGAUGUAACGAAUGUCAUUUUUUGAACAUUGAAUUUGUUUCUAUUUUUGUAAUGUUUCCUUUUAUAAUGAAAAGUUAAUUGAUAUUUAGUGUAAAUCAAUCUGAAUCUUAAGGUUUAUUACAUAAUACCAAAUAAUAAAAAAAGUGAAGGCUGAUAAUGUCAUUAUACAAGGUUAAGUUCUAUCUUUCUAUUGCUCUUCAUUUGUCCAAAGUUGAACGUAGGCCUCCCCCUUAUUUUUCUACUCUUCUCGGUUCAGUGCUAAUGCUGUCGAUCUGGUCCCUGCGUAUCUUUUUGGAUCAUCCGACCAUCUCGUCUGUGGUCUGCUCCUUCCUCUUUUGUAGUCCCAAGGUCUCCAGUGAGUUAUCGCUUCAUUCCAUCUUCCGUCUCUUUAUCCUGCAUAUUUCCAUUUGAGAGUAGCUGCAUGUUUGAGGUUAAGUUAUCUUUUCUUAAUAAAAAAGAUGAGAAGUGAAUUGACCAUUCCAGGUCACGUGGCUUUCGACACCGUUGCUGAGGGACAAAAAUUGUGUUUUUGGUAUUAUUUUGGCUAUUUUCUCGUUUUAUUGUAAAAAAAUCUGUGGUUUUAACUACAAAAAUUUCAAAUAUUGGAUAUAGGACACCCUCGUAGGGGAUGCAAAAACCGGAUAUAAUCAGAAAAUCAGUUUUCUUGGCCCAUAUCGUCGUUCUGUUUACAGUGUAUUGUGAUUAUAGUGAUUUAAAACAUUUCGGUCUUUAAAUGCGGCUGGUAUUAUAAAAAAACUUACUUUAUCUCUUUUACCUUUACUGGAACACUUUCAAACUGAACAAAACGCUGGUAUUUUAAUCAUAUUCUUAAAUUAAACAAUGGUUUUCUACACUUAACCUAGUUUGUUUACACUAUUUUGCCCAUCAGUCGCUGUCAAAUGACGUCACCCUGGAAUGCUCUAUAGAUUUUGAUUUUAUUAACCUAAUAUUAUCUUAAAAUUAUUUUUUUUUCUGGUUUUCAUAUUCGCACAAAUUUCGCGAAUGCGAAUACGAAUAUUCGUUACAUCACUAGUAGGUACCUAAUUGCUAUGCUUAUGGGCUAAUCCGGUCCGUUCUCAGAUGUGACUUUCAUCUCUGUCAUGUUACUGUCAAGAAACUAUUCAAAAUAAUUGUUUCUCCAUACAAAAAAUACAUUAAUAGUAUUAUUACUCUGCUUUCAAAUAACUUUAUUCAAACACCAAGAAUAUUACAAUACAUACUUUACAGCUUUAACAAAAUGACAACUAUAAACGUCAAAAUUAGAUACAGCUGAUCUAUUAUUUGUUAACUUUUUAUGUUAAUAUUCAGUUUCUAUAGUGAAGGGUCCAGGACUGUAAUAGCUCAAUGUUCCUAUGUAUUUAGUACGAUGGCGCUUACUUUAUAAUAUUUAUGGAUUACCGUAGAAGGCCGACACGAUCAACCAAAAAAGAAGAUGAAUCUGGUUAUUUUUCUAGUGACAUUAUUGGGUGUGAAUGUGUCUUUUGUUUACUCCUCCUGGUUUAAAAACAAAGCAUAAUUACCUUGGUAAGUCUUACGGGUACAAUAAUUUCUAUACGCUGUUUAUGAUCUCUAUUUCUUUCCACAGAGACAUGUAAAUUCUUAUGAACAAAAUUUAUUAGUGAUCGUGAAACCAAACUGGUUUAACCUAACAUUUAGGUUGAAAAUGCUCGUGUAAUAUUAUAAUCUACAUGUAUCUAGUUGUAUACUCAAAAACACUUGUUUUUUUGCAAUGGAAAUGCAGUUUUUUGGUUAAUAAAUUAGUUGUUAUUGAUUGA